AACUCGAAGCGACCGACGACUCGCUACCGGCUUAGUCUAAAGUGGGAACUUUCGGCAAGUAGGUGUUCAAAGCCGAGGUGGUCGAUCAGUCAGUCUGCAGUCGUCGGUCAGUAGGAGUGAAAUUUUGUUGUCCGUGGGUUCAAAAAUAACCGCGCACUAUCCAGUUGGUGAAACUUACCGCGGAAUUAGCCCGUGCCCGAUUUUCUGGUAAAAGGCUAAGGUCGGUUCUGCCGGGUUUUCGCACGUUUGAUAACCGAGAGAAAAGAGAAAGAAAUAAUACAAAUAAAACGUAGGCAUAAACAGUUUUAAAAAGUUGGACUUGACUCGACGCCAAGUCGGGGUGAAAAACUUUGAAGAACGGCGCAAGCGCCGGGAAGUUUCGACCUCAACCCUGAACUUGCAGCGGUGGAGAAGAAUUGGAAGAAAAAUAUUCGGAUCGGUUCGCCUUUUGAAUUUUUCUUAAAAAUAAAACGGCAUGGCGGACAAUCGGAAUGUUCACAACGGGUCUCCUUAUCAUCGAACAACGUUCGGAUCGCUGGAAACACCAGACAGUCAGAGCUUGCUCGAAGAAUCCCAAUCACGGAUCAAGCAGUUGCUGAAGGAUGAGGCAUCAUGGUCGCAAACUCUGGUCGCGGGGCUGGCUGAGUUCUUGGGAACGGCAAUCCUCAUUUUCGUUGGUUGCAUGGGCUGCGUUGGUUCCUUGACGGAUAUUCCUAACGCCCUUCAAACUGCCCUGACAUUUGGAUUUGCUGUCACGUGUGUCAUCCAGAUCAUCGGACACAUCAGCGUCGCCCACAUUAAUCCUGCGGUGACGGUGAGCGCAGUCAUACUGGGCCACAAAUCUCUUCCUGCAGCUGCGGUCUACAUACUAGCACAAUUAUCGGGUGCUGUAGUCGGAUACGGAAUGCUGAAGGCUAUAACCCCUACUGAACUUCUGCACAACGGUGAUGAUACAAGUGCAAGUUCGUUUUGCGUGACCUUGAUCCACACGAAAAUAUCGGUGAUCCAGGGCCUUAUAGUGGAGACAGUGACCACCGGAGUCCUGAUCCUUCUCUGCUGCGCCUCUUGGGAUCCCCGCAACGCGAGGAACAGCGACUCCACUCCAAUCAAGUUUGGAUUGACUGUCACCACGUUGUCGCUGUCGGGUGGACCUUACACCGGGUGCAGCAUGAACCCAGCACGAACGUUCGGUCCUGCUCUUUGGAACAACGCGUGGAGCUCUCACUGGGUAUACUGGCUGGGACCAAUGGCUGGGUCCAUUUUGGCCACCCUGGCCUACAAGACUCUGUUCUGGCCACGGAAACCAGCCGAUAAAGACAUACCAGAGGCUGCAGCGCUUAACUCCGUUGCAACUGAAAAACAGGAGGUUAACUGAACCCAGACGGCCGUACAGUUUCUGACGGAUCGCGAUACGAAGAUUAGACCCUUCGUAUUGAUUGUACUCGUCUGGUAAUCUUACGAAACGUCGCUGUUCUGCAUUCAUAUUAAGAGUUUUCGAAUGCGGGAAUGCAAGAAGAAAGAUGGUGAAGGAGGAAGAUAAAGAGGAGGACAAGGUUAUCGGAGUAUAUGCUGGUGACUUCGAAGCGUUGAAAUCAAUACCAAUGCUAUCAGUGUGAUACGUAUGCCGUAAGCAUUCGUGGAUCAGACUAAUUACAAAUAUGGAACGUAUGUACAUAUUUUUGACAAAAAUGAAAAUAUCGCUUGUUCGUAUAAUGUACAAUUCAGAACGAUGAAAAGUCGCUUUAUGAUUGUUCUGCAAAUCAACCGUGUCGUUCACAAAUAGCUCGACAAUCGGUCGAUGAUAUAUUAAAUUGAUAAUGCGAAUGCUCUGUAUCUAUAAAUUGUAAAGUGUAAAUUGGAUUCGAAAUUAAAAUUCAUUGCUUUAUGUUGAUGAAGUGAGACGAGGAAUAAGUCGACGGCAAUAAUUAGUUGUAUUUAAUGUAUAAAUUAACCACAAGUAUCAAGCUUACUAUUAUGCUGGAUCAACGUGUGUUUUGUCUGUAACUGCGUUAUUAGUUUUCUUUUACAAUUAGUCUUUUUUUUCUAACCAUUCUGUAAAUAAAGUAACCAAAGCUGUACAUAUCUAAAUUUACACGUAUCAGAUACAUAUAUAUUUUAUUUAAAACAAAUGUACUGACAUAUAUUAGUACAGCUGGGUGUUAAACAAGGUAACCAGUAUCGUGUGAAUCGUGUCGCUCCAAUGCUUCUCAAUUGUAAAUUCUUUUCAAAAGUUGAUUCGAGAAAUCAAUGGUUAUUGGUUGUAAAAGUGAAAGGGAUUACGUAAUAUCUUUCUUUUUUUUCCAUCAUCCCAGUAAUCUUAUGUAGACCAAGCACAUACGUGCCCCACUGUAUGUAAUUUUAUUAUUGACAAACUAAAAAUUCAAACCACUAUACGUACUUCAUGUAUCGCUAUACCUAUGUUAUUAAUAUUAUUAUACCAUUAUCACGUCCAGGAACUGUUAAUUACUGUAAUGUUAUUAUUACUUACUGGUGCAACAGUGAUUAGAAUUGCGUAGCGUAGAAAGAUAUUAUAACUGUUAUGAUAAUUACUAUCAAUAAUACUGUUGGUGUUGGUGUUAUUAUUAUACCAUUGUCAAUAUUAAAUACCAAUGCUACAACUAUCGUUAAAACAACGAUUAUUAUUAUAAUUUUGAACAUUUCUUUAGAGUUGAAAAAAAAAUUUAGGGGUAUUGGAUGAACGUUCUGGUACUAGAUAUUCUCGACGACGGUGCAUGAAUUUCAUAAUGUGAUGACUGUAUAGGUGAUUAUUAUUAUAAUAAAUCGACAUUAGUGAUACUAUUAA